ACCUCGUAUCAGGCAACGUGUGUGGCGACAAAUGGUAACAUUGCCCAUACGCGUGGAUAGUUGCUGAAGGAGGUUAAUGAUUAACUGGUAUAUCAACGGGUCACCGUUACCCCACCCCUUAUUACCAAUGAACUUGGACAAAAUUAUCUUAUCACUGGGUAUUCCUUUUAUUAUCAUUUACAGACCAUGCAGUGGUGGUUAUUGGUGCUUUUCCUGUUUGGGUUAUUUGUUGUGGAGACGACAUAUGGUUCAGAAUGUCUUCCACCCAAAUUUUUUAAGUGUAAAAAUGAUCAUUGCAUCUCUAAAUAUUUCGUUUGUGAUCGAGAAGAUGAUUGUUUAGAUAAUUCUGAUGAAAGUGAUUGCGGAAUACAGUUACCGACAUUUGAUGAGGUAUGUAAAUCACAUGAAUACCAGUGUGUUGAUAAAUUCCAUUGCAUUCCACUUGAAGAAUUUUGUGAUAAUAAAUUGGACUGUCUGGAUGGUAGUGAUGAAUACCAAAACUGUCAUCUAAAUAAAACUUGCAAUCAAUUCAAAUGCCUAAAUAAUCACUGUAUCAAUAAAAAUUGGGUUUGCGAUGGUAAAGACGAUUGUAUGGAUAAUAGCGAUGAAUUAAAUUGUGAUAAAUUACCAACAUUACUCGAAAAUUGUAACAAUGCAUUCGGUAAAUACUUAUGUACUAAUAAACGAUGUAUUUCUCUAUCGUUAACUUGUAAUGGUGAAAAUGAUUGCGGUGAUGAUUCAGAUGAGAAUUCUUCUGAAUGUAAGAAAGCACAAGCAGUAUGCAAUACAACGCAAUCAUGUCAACACAAAUGUUCAGCAACACCAGCAGGCCAUAAAUGUUCUUGUAAUAUUGGAUUUGUAUUAAAACCUAAUGGAAUAUGUGAAGAUAUAAAUGAGUGUCUAGAGUAUGGAAUAUGUUCACAAAGCUGUCGAAAUACAGUGGGCUCUUUUUAUUGUCAAUGUGAACUCAACUACAAACUGCAAGAGGAUGGAAAAACCUGCAAAGCUAACAGCGGGGAGGCCUUCAUGGUUUUUGCAUCGAAAACAAUGAUACGUGGUUAUUAUCUUGAUUCAAAAAUUUAUUUUCCAAUUAUCGUCAACAUGCAGCAUUUAGUAGGCGUCACAUUAGAUUCUACUCACAUCUAUUGGUCGGACAUUCAGUUUGGUGAAGAAACUAUCUUCCGCAGCUUGGAUGACGGCAAUAAGCAAGAAGUGAUCGUAAAUGCUGGCCUUAGUUCUCCCGAAGACAUCGCUGUAGAUUGGGUCACGGGAAAUAUUUAUUUUACUGACAGUGCAUACAAACAUGUUGGGGUUUGUAAUAACGAUGGCUCUUUUUGCACGGUGAUCAUUAAUGAAAAUACGGAAAAACCAAGAGGCAUUGCUUUAUUACCAUCUGAAGGAAAAAUGUUUUGGAGUGAUUGGGGAGAAAAUCCCCAUAUAUCAAUAGCAAACAUGGAUGGCAAGCAAAAAUCGUUAUUUAUCAAGGAAAAGAUUGGUUGGCCGAAUGGUUUAACCAUAGAUUAUCCAAGUAAAAGGCUUUAUUGGGUAGAUGCAAAAUUAAAAGUCAUCGACUCAAUUCUUCUUAAUGGUCUGGAUCGAAGGACGAUUCUGCAUGCAGUUGCUAAUCAUCCAUACUCUAUAGCUAUUUUUGAAGAUCGAUUAUAUUGGAGUGACUGGAGUACUAACGAAAUUCAUUCUUGUAACAAAUUUAAUGGUAAAGAUUACGUUACCUUGUUUCAUUCGAAUGAAACUUUAUAUGGAUUACAUAUUUAUCAUUCAUCCUUAAAAGGAAAGUUUAAAAAUCCUUGCCUUACGAAGCCUUGUUCUCAACUAUGUCUUUUAACCACUAAUAGAACAUACACCUGCGCAUGUACUUUAGACAAACAAUUAAACGAAGAUCAACACACUUGUCGAGAUUUGACGAAAAAAAAACACAUUGCAAUCGCUGCCAAAAAUAUCAUUAUCGAUUAUUAUCAUGAAUUAUUGGGAAAACCAAAACAAAGUUCCAGAAUUAUAUUGGAUCAUAUUACUGCUUUAACCUACGACUCACUCGUUGAUUCACUUAUUGCUGCAGACGAAAUGAAUAAAUCAAUCUUCCGCUUUAAUCAUCAUAGUGGUAUAAUUAACCACAUAAUGUCAAUAGGAAAUGGUGUAAUUAAGAAUAUGGCAUUUGAUUACUUUGGUAACAAUUUAUAUAUAAGUAAUACUGAACAUAAGAAGAUUGAAGUGCAUAGUUUAACUACUGGUGAAGAAACUGAUUUUUUUUUUACGGAGCAUCCAUAUGAUAUAAUUCUUGUCCCUGAAGAUGGAAUCAUGUUUGUAGUUUUUGGAGAAUUGAAAAAUCUUCAUAUUGAUAAAGUACAAAUGAAUGGUUUGGGCUCAAGGACUCAUUUAGUUGAACACGAUUUAUUCGGUAUGAAGAUUUCAUUAGCUUAUGAUCAAGAAGUAAAGCGUGUAUAUUGGGCUGAUGAAGGUACGGGGCGCAUAGAAAGCAUUGAUACUACAGGUAAAAAUAGACUUGUUUUUCGUACGAGUCUUCCGCCGAUUACUGACUUAAUUGUAUUGAAUAACGAAGUUUUCUGGACUACACGCAAAUCAUAUCGUCUUAAUUGGGCAAAUAAGAAUCAAUUUAUACCAGGAAAUAAGGGAGUAAAUUUACAAGUUUCAAAUAAUUCAAGUGUAUUAUAUUUACAAACGAUUGACGGAAUUUAUAAUGGUUUAAUACAUAUUUGUCGUAAAAACAAUGGUGAUUGUUCGCAUAUUUGUCUUGUUACCGAUAAUAAUCACAGACUAUGUGCUUGUCCAACAAACUUCAUAAUAAAUCCUGAUCAAAAAUCUUGCAAAAUCAAAGCCUCAUGUUCCAAAGAUGAGAUGAAAUGCACAAAUAAUAACGAAUGUAUUAAAUUAGUACGGAGAUGUAAUGGAGUUUAUGAUUGUCCAGACGGAGAGGAUGAAAAGAAUUGUACUAUAACUGCAUCGUUGUGUCAAAAAUAUGAAUUCACAUGUCAUAGUGGUGAAUGCAUUAAUAAGUAUUAUCGAUGUGAUUCCUAUGCACAUUGUAAUGAUCAUUCAGAUGAAGAAAAUUGUGAAAAUCAUAACUGUGGAGAAGACGAAUACCGUUGUCAAAGUGGGACUUGCAUAUCAAAAAAUUUAGUUUGCAAUGGCUUGGAUGAUUGUUACGAUUUAUCCGAUGAAAAAAAUUGUCGCGAUUACAAAUGCGAGAACUAUUCCUUCAAAUGUACUUCUGGAAUUUGUAUUCCACAAAACUGGGAGUGUGAUGGACAGAUUGACUGUGAUGAUGGUUCAGACGAGCAUGAUUCAUGUAAACCAAGUCAAUGUGCUCAAAGUAUGUUUAGUUGCAAAAAUGGUCGUUGCAUCGACGUAUUAUUGAAAUGCAAUGGUUUUGAUGAUUGCAGUGAUAAUACAGAUGAAGUUUCUUGUUCAGAAGAUACGAAAUUCGAAGCACUGAUAUGUACAAAGGAUCAAUACAAAUGUCGAAAUAGUACAAUGUGCAUAGAUAAAAGGCGAAGGUGUGACAGCCACGCGGAUUGCCCGGGUCACGACGACGAACAUGGUUGCGGUCAUUGCCUCCAAGAUGUCCAGUUCACCUGUCAUAAUGGAAACUGUAUACCGCUCGAGUGGGCUUGCGACAAUACUGAUGAUUGCGGCGACGACUCGGACGAACUGCACUGCAAAGACAAGCAGCAGGCUGUCAUUUCUUUCACCGGUGAGGCUAGACCCAGCAAUUGUUCCGACGGUCAAUUCGCUUGCCGCACGGGAUUCUGUUUGUCCCUCGACAAGGCUUGCGACGGCGAGAGACAGUGUCUCGAUGGUAGCGACGAGGGCGGUGAAUGCGAAUCAGCAUGCGAAAGCAACACGUGUGAAAACUUUUGCUACAAAACGCCAACCGGUCCGAUUUGUAGUUGUCGUAAUGGCUACAAAUUGGGAACAGAUAUGAAAUCGUGUGAAGACAUCGAUGAAUGUCAACAAAAUAUUUGUCCUCAACUCUGCACUAAUCUUCCAGGAUCUUUUUCCUGUGCCUGUUUUGAUGGUUAUAUACUACGCUUAGAUAAAUUAUCCUGCAAACCCAUUGGACCAGCAGUAAAAAUAAUUACGGCGACCAAAGAUGACAUUAAAAUAAUGUCACCAUUGUCACGCUACCAGUCUCUCGUCCUAAUUUAUCGUAAUCCAGGAAUUGAAAUUACUGGAUUAGACGUUAAUACAAAUACAAACACCAUAUAUUGGAGUAACGAAAUGAUGGGAAUAAUUAAUAAAAUGAAUAUGGAUACAAAAAAACACAGCACUAUUAAUAACGGAAUAGGAAGACCGGAAAUACUAGCAGUCGAUUGGAUUACUGACAACGUUUAUUUUUUCGAUAACAAAGCUGCACCUAUUAUUAAGGCUUGCGAUAUGGAUGCUAAUAAAUGUUCAACUAUUGUACAUAUCGGAGAAUCUCAUAAAAAAGUUACAGCUAUUGCAAUUGAACCUCGGAAAGAAAUACUUUUUUGGAGUGAGGUAACGUGGAAAAUUUAUGAAAAAUCGACGAGUGAAAUUAUGCGUUCUGAUGUAAUAGGAGCUGAUAAGAAGAUAAUUGUUCACGACAAUCUUGGAAUUGUUACUGGUUUAACAAUUGAUACUCAUAGAUCUAUUGUAUAUUGGGCAGAUAAUUAUGAGGCUACUAUCGAAUGUAUCGAUUACAAUGGUGAUAAUCGAAAAGUAAUUUUAGAACAUCUUCUGAUGAAACCAAUCAGUCUACAUUUUUACGAGGAUUCAUUGUACUGGAAACCUGAAAAAAACGAUUAUCUCAGAAAGCGUCAAUUAUAUGGAGAUAUGACUUAUAGUCUAAUUUUAAUUCCUAGCAACAAUUUAAAUAGAUUAUUUGUAAUAUCUCAAAUUUCUAGACAGCCAACAGGUCCAAAUAAAUGCAAGAAUCAUAACUGUGAGCACAUGUGCGUGAUACGCAAUGCUAGAGCAACUUGCAUUUGUAGCAAUGGAUUCCCCGCUAAACACCGUAACGGUACCUCCUGCUUGGAUGACUCUUCUGGAGACGAACUCUCGCUCGAGAACACUCAGAUUGGUUUUCCGCUGGACGAAAUUCCUGUAGUAACACGCACCCGACAUCAAAGUACUAAACAAAGAGCGGGUAUUCUCACUGGCAUUGGGGUCACUCUUGCUGGCUUCGCCCUCUUAUUUAGCAUCUAUUUAUAUCUUAAGAAGAAGAGGCCUGGAUUCUUUAAACGCAGAGAUCUCAGUAUACAUUUUCAAAAUCCGUCAUUUACCAGAAGAAACAACAAUUUAUCAAGUACGAGUUCAAUUCUUUUGCCGGGAGAACACGAAUAUUGCAAUCCUAUUGCAGAAAUGUCAAAUGCUAAAGUGAUUAAAUCUGAUGAUUCCAAAAAACAUUUGGAAAUAACAGUGGAGACAUCAGAUGGUGAAGGAGAUGAAGUUAGUACAGCUUAUCAUUCUCGUUUGAUUCAUUAAAAAAAUAACUAAUCUUUCAAUUAUUUUCAUA